ACACUUUCACCUCACCUUCAACAAAACCCCCAUAAUUCUCCUCUAAAAAAAAAUAAAAAAAAAUAAUAUGGCUUGUUCUUCUUCAAAAUAUUUUCUUCUUUUCCUUCUUACAUUCUUGAUUGUUUUCUACAUUUCAUUAGCAAAAAGUGCCACUUUCUCUAUGAAAUUCCCUCUUACUUCAACACCAUUAUCACAUAAUUCUUCAUCUAAAUCCCUUUUUAUUUCUUCCCUUAUGGCUAAUUCUCAUCAUAAUAGAAAAACUAAGUCUGGAGUUCCAUCUUUGAACUAUAAAUCAACUUUUAAAUAUUCAAUGGCUUUGAUUGUUACACUUCCUAUAGGUACACCACCACAAAAUCAACAAAUGGUUUUGGACACUGGCAGCCAACUUUCUUGGAUUCAGUGCCACAAGAAAAUUCCCAAAAUACCCCCGCCAACGACCUCGUUUGAUCCUUCUUUGUCCUCUUCUUUCUCCGUUCUUCCGUGUACUCAUCCUAUGUGUAAACCCCGAAUUCCCGAUUUUACCCUUCCAACAUCGUGUGACCAUAAAAAGUUGUGUCACUACUCGUACUUCUAUGCUGAUGGUACUUUGGCUGAGGGUAAUCUUGUCCAUGAAAAAAUUACAUUUUCGCCUUCCCAAAGUACCCCUGCUUUGAUUCUUGGUUGCGCGACAGAGUCCGAUGAUGCUGAGGGUAUUUUGGGAAUGAACCUUGGAAGAUUCUCUUUUGCCUCCCAAGCUAAGGUACAAAAAUUCUCAUAUUGCGUGCCUAUUAGACAAGGUAUUAAUAGCCAUGCAGUGAAACCUAUUGGGACAUUUUACCUAGGUCAAAACCCGAGUUCACGUAUGUUUCGAUACGUAAAUCUGUUGACUUUCCCUCAAAGUCAACGCAUGCCCAAUUUGGACCCCCUAGCUUAUACCGUUGGUAUGACGGGGAUAAAAAUUGGUGGGAAAAGAUUAAACAUUUCGUCGAGGGUUUUUCGUCCGAAUGCUGGUGGUUCCGGUCAAACGAUCGUUGAUUCAGGCACAACAUACACUUUCUUGGUAGAAGAAGCGUAUAGUAAGGUACGAGAAGAAAUUGUUAGGUUAGUUGGUCAGAGAAUGAAAAAAGGUUACGUUUAUGGUGAUGCGCUCGAUAUGUGCUUCGAUAGCCAUCCGAUGGAAAUCGGACGGUUAAUAGGUGACAUGACAUUGCAAUUUGAAAAUAGGGUUGAAAUUUUGAUCAAUAAGGAAAGGGUGUUGGAUGAAGUAGAAAGUGGGAUACAUUGUGUGGGAAUUGGGCGGUCAGAAUCACUUGGCAUAGCAAGCAAUAUUAUUGGUAAUUUCCACCAACAAAAUCUAUGGGUAGAAUUUGAUUUGAGAAAUCGAAGAGUAGGUUUUGGAAAAGGAGAGUGUAGUAGGCACUAGUCAUAUACAUUAUAUUGGUACAUAUAUAUUUUAUGAGACUUAAAAAGGUGGACCUCGAGUCUCGAGGAGAAGGGGUUGAUCUAUAUGUCUCGACCUCCUGAUUUACUGAAUACCGCGUGCUCAUCCGAUACAUAUUAGAUGAUAAUAUGGAGCUGGCCUGGGCUUUAAGUCCUAAUUGAACGAGAUCAAUGAAACUAUGAUUCGAAUUAUGGUACUUUAAUCAAUGGUCGUGCAGAGGAGGACUUAGGUCUUGUAGAGUGUAAAAUAGUAAUCUUAUAUCUGAUGAACAUAUAAUGUAUGAUAUGUAUAUGUACUUGAUUAAAUUUGUUAUUCUUUUAUUAUAUCUUGUUCUUCCAACA